AUGGCGCAGAAUGGCCAGACCACUCCGCCGGUCUUCUCCAAGGCGGACGCCGUGAAUGAAACGUCCAAGCUGGUGCACAGGAUCAUUCCGUACAAAGACCUGGAGCCGUCCUGGCACGUUCCGGCGGCCAAGGAGCCCGGGUUCAUGCGCUGGCUCAUCACCUGGGUGGGCGGGCCGGCCGGGCACAUCAACACGAACCCGGACACGGCCCAGGUCAGCCAGAACACGGUGACGGGGCUGAUGCACAUGGGGGUGGGCCAGAAGCAAAAGGGGCUGCACUACCACAGCGUGACGGAGAUCUACGUGGUGAUCAAGGGCCAGCUGGAGGGCUUCGACGGCAAGGGCGACAAGCAUGUGGCCGGCCCGCUGGACUGCGUGUACAUCCCCAAGGGCGUGCCGCACGGCGUGCGCAACUGCGGCACCGAGGACUGCGAGUUGAUCUGGGUGCACGACGGGAUCGAGAAGAAAGGCACGUCGGUCUACUUCAUGGACGGCAUCUACACCGGCCCGCCGCAGGUCGACGAGAUCUCGGUCGUCAACUUCCGCGACCUCGAGCCGUCGUACGACGCCUACCGAGCCAGGGAGGUCGAGUUCGCCCGCUGGAUGGUGAACUGGGUGGCCGGCCCUGUGGGCUACGAGAACGUCAACCGCGGCCAGGCCGUCGAGAACGACAAGGUGUCGAUCGGCUUGACCGUGGUGCCGCCCGCCCAGAAGAUAGUCCCGCACCGCCAUGAGACCGCCGAGCACUACGUCGUGCUCCAGGGCAAGGCUCUGAUCAAUGCCGGCCGCGGGAAUGAAGAGCUGGGAAAGCUGGACGGCGUCUAUGUCCCGCCGUGUCUGGAACAUGGCGUCCGUAACCACGGCGAAGAGCCGCUGUACUUGCUGUGGGUACACGAGAAGCCACAGAAGAUUGGAAGUACGACGUACCGGUGA